UGUCAUGUGGGUGUUCGCCGGAGGUCUGUGGGGCGGCCACGCGAGGCUCGGGCUGUUGCUGGGCGGCUGUGAGGCGUUGCGCAGCUUCCUCUUGGGCUGCCCCCGAGGCCUUCACGGCUCCCUGGUCUCCUGUGGCAACAAGAACCUGCUCAAGAAGUUCGCCUCAAAAACCAAGAAAAAGUUUUGGUAUGAAAGUCCUUCCUUGGGAACUAACCUUACUUACAAACCAUCCAAGUUGGAUUCUCUAAUGAAAAAGACCCCACAGAAGACCAGGAAGGAAGACCACGUGCGCCUCAGGGUCCUCAACGGCCUGCUCCACAAAGCUCUGGCGGAUUUGCUAAGCACCUCGGAAGUAAGCCAGGAGGUCUACGACCUGAACGUGGAGCUCUCCAAGGUGUCUCUGACUUCAGAUUUCUCAGCCUGCCGAGUGUACUGGAGGACGUCUCUCUCCGCUGAGCAGAACGAGCACACCAGCACCGUCCUGCAGAAGAGCGCUGCCCACAUGCGGCACCUGCUGAUGUCCCAGCAGAUACUCCGGAACGUGCCACCCAUCAUCUUCAUUCAGGACAGAGAAGGCGCAGCCCUGGCUGAGGUGGAUCGAUUACUGGCGAUUGCCGAUUUUGGGCCCCCUGACGAAAAAGACUUGCGACAAGAUGGUGCCAGGGAGCCCCCAUUGGGCACUGCAUCCCCUGGGCUAUAUGGAAUUGAUCACGAGGCCCUCCACCAGCAGGUCCUGGCAUACAAGAGGCAGCGGGAGCAGCUGGGCCUGGGCCGUGCCAAGCUGGGGCUGUCCGAUGAGCAGGAGCAGCUGGUCAAGCUGGCCAGGCAGAUGAAGCGGAGGAAGAAAACAAAGCCCACUGACCAUGACAUCUCCCCCAAGAGCUUCCUGUCGGGUGGAGAGAGUGAGGACAGUGAUGACGGCGAGUGGCCAGAGGAGGGCGUGCUGGAGCCCCGGGGACAGGCUGUAGAGCCUGGCAUCGAGGGGCAGGGCCCAGGGCAGCGAGUCUGAGGCUGGCCCUGCUGUCUGUGGACAGACCCCUGUCUGCACACACUAUGUGGGUGGCACGUGAUGGCACCUUCAAUAGCAAGUAAAGCAGGAUGCCGGUGUCGGCUCAAAAAACCUCAUGCCCUCUCUCCCCCUGUGAAAGCUGCCCACUCUGUGUGCUGUCCUGCUUUGAGAGAGAGAGAGUGUGUGUGGUCGCCAACUCACAGACUAUAAAACAGGAGGUAUAGAAAUGUUGGAUUCCUCAGGUGAGAAAUGCCUAGGUCCUUGGCUUCCCAGAGAAAGAAUUCACUCAGAAGCCUGGUUUGUGAUCUAAAUGAGUUUUUUUAUAAAGGAUAGAAGUUUCAGGUUUUACACAGGCACUCUCAGGGCACUUCCCGCCCACACGUGGCGACCUUAGGCCAGGGAAACCUGCAGCACAGACAGGAGCAGCUAGAAAAGAGGUAGGUGGUCUCCAAGUUCUAGCCUUUUGGGGCCUUCCGCUAGGAGGCGUGGUUGAUGGUACUGGUUGACCCCAUUGGCUAAAUUAAGGCCACCUGGCCUAGAUUGGGGCCCA